CCGGUGCAUUCAUUAAUGUGUGAAGCGUUUUUCCGGUCGGUGAGUGACAUUCUCUCUCUCAUCAUCCAAGUGUGCAGUGAGCGCAUGUGAUGGAUGUGUCGCAUGCAUCAGCCGUUGAAUACGCACUGUCUGGGCACGUGAGUAAGCAAGGACGGUAGGCACGCCUGGCGGACAGAUGGAGAGGAGGGAGAGGCGGCCAGGUCAGGUCAGACCAGACCAGCCCCACGCCGCCCUGUCUACCGUCCGUCCAACCAACAGAUUGUCUGUCUUGUCUUGUCUUUAAAAGCUACACGCAUCAUCCAUCCAUCGUAUAGACCACCAUAUAUAGAUAUACUCCAUAGACAUGGAUAUGGAUAUGGAUAUAAGGUAUGGACAGGCAGGCAGGCAAUCGAGACAUUCAUUUGUCCAUCCAGCCAUUCGUCAGCAGGCAGCCCACACAAAUAUGCAUGCACCAGACAGACAGACAGACAGACGGACGGACCCUCACACACGGGCAGGCAUAGCUAGAGAGAAAGGGAAGGGACUCGUUCGUUGGUUGGUUGGUUGAUCAAUCGACCGUUAUCAUAUCUAUCAUGAGUAUAGAUAGCUACGACGUUGACAGCAUACGAAUGAGCACACACACAUUCUCAUACACACACGCGCACACAUACACACAUCGACAGACAGACAGGUGGGCAGGCAGGCAGGCAGGCAGAGGCGCGCAGAGCAGACAGACAGGCCGUACAUCCGUACGCAGCGCCCGCCCGCAGCCCUCCCUCCCGACACCAUACCGCGUAGCCUGUCCAAUGAAUCAAUGAUAUCGACACAUGACACACCACACCACACCACGUGCAAUGAGUGAGUGAGUGAAUGAAUGGAUGAAGGGAUCAAUCAGUCGAUGAAGGGGAUGAGUGGAUAAUAUCAGUGAUACGGCACGGCGAGGCAGGCAGGCAGGCAUCAUCAGCCCACACACAAUAGGGUGGUGGGGGAAUUGCCCAGCAAGGAGCCAGCCAGCCAUCCAGGUAGCCAGCCAUCCAUCAUCCAUCAGAAGGACAAGAGCAACAAGACAGAACCAGACAAGACAGACAAGACAGCAAAACCACACUCUCACUCACAAAGCAGAUCUCACACACACUCUCUCUGGCACUCAGACAGCUUUCACGCACUGACAUACACGGACGCAUGGCAUGGCAUGGCAUGUGUUGUUGUGGUGGAUGGCUGGCUGCUAUACAACCACGGCACAGGCACACACUGACACAGACAGACAGACAGACAGACACACAGUCAGUCAGUCAGUCAGCCAGUAAGGGUGAAAGCACGUCAUGCUUCCAAUGGUGAUCCAUCCAUCCAUCCAUCCAGAUCUCUCUCUCUCUCUCUCCCUCUCCCUCUCUGUGUGCAAGCCAAGCCAAGCCCCUCCAUCGGUUCUGUCCACCGUCCUAAAGAAAAAUGCACAUGCAUCUAAUCCUCCUACCGCCACACACACAAGUAAUCCAGUACGCAAGGAAGCAAAGCCAAACCACACAAAGCAAUGACAGCCAGACACAGAGAGAGAGAGAACAAGGUAAAGAAAAAAGAAGUGGGCGGUGUGGUCCUUUUCGGCUUCGGUGAUGGGGGGGAGGGGAAAAAUGAAUGCCUUUCAUGCCACGGGGGGCCACGGUCACAAUGAAUGGUCACACACACUCCCCCUCUCGCUCACAGCACACGGGCUCACACAGGCGCACACAGGCUCCACAGGCCGGCACAGGCAGGCACUUGAUGAUUGUGGUGAUCAUCGAAAUGUUGGAAAAUCAGCACGCAGGUGGCGGCAAUACGUCAGGAAAACCCUGCCUGCCCUGCACACUUCUGAAGCGAUCCUUCACUCUCCCUCCCUCCCUCCCUCCCCCCUCUUACUGCCCCUCUCGUACCACUCUUUCACAGACCUUUACAGCAGCUGGCCGGCCUCUCACACAGGCAGGAACACAGGCAGGCAGACAGGCAGACAGGCCAGCACAUGCACAGUGAGUGAGUAGUCACUGAAUGACAUGUAUGUCAAGUGAAAAUAGUCGAUCCAUCACGGCACGAAGAGAGAGAGAGACCAGACCCCAUUAUGCGGUCGCCUGCUGCUGCUGCAAUCUGAUGGGGCCAUACUUCUCCUGAGCCAAACAACACAACACACACCAACAGGCAGGCAGCGAUGGGUGUGGCGUCGCCGGCUCAUCUCUUUCUCUCUCCCUCCCUCCCUCCCUCCCUCUCUUUACUGACUUCGUAGAGUGCGAUGAUGAGUGAGCAUUUGCCGCGGACCAUCGAGUCGGCAAACACCUUGCCCAUUUGUCGGAUCUCUCGCUCCGCCUCCUCACGACCCGCUCUCUGCACCAGCAGCCGAUCCUUCAACUCGCGAAUCUCAGUCUCGAAACACUGACCCAUGUACCACAACAUCAUGUCAUGCACCACACAACACAAGACGACACACAGGCAGGCCAGUCCAUCGCUGAGUGAGUGCGUGGCGCCCAUGCCCAUUCCUGCUUACGUAGACGGCCCUCUCGAAGCCGAGGGUGAAAAUGGUGUUCUGGAGCGACGGCUGCAUGUCGUCACGGUAACUCUGGUCCAUACAUAAACCAUCACACGCACAAUAUAUGACAAAACAACGGUCACGCACACUCGUGCAGGUGGUCCAUCCAUCCAUUGUGUGCCACGAAAGAUGCCGGCCUUAUAGGUAGGCACCUUGUAGAGCAACGACGCGAGAUUCCUCAGGCUGAAGAGGAUCUGCUCCUGACACGCCUGGACCGAACCGACAAACACGCAACACGCCCAAAGCGCCAUGACUCGUUAGUCGCUGGUUGUCCAGCACACAGCUGUGUGGGUGACCGGCUGACUGACCUCGAUGGUGUGUUUGAGUAUGUCGUCGAGGAAUGCAGCCAGCGACGCGUAGUCCCUCUGGUCGCUCUCCUCGUCCCUGUCCGUCGCCACCUCACUCUCGCUCAACGGAGCGGCGCCACCACCUGAUGCAACCAACGUACGCCACACACCGACACACGCUGGUGUGUUGAUCACUCGUCUGACGUGACUGAUGCAUGGCUCUCUCUUACUUGACGACUCUGCGCAUGAGGGCCCUCCGCUGUCCUCCUUUCUCGCGACGUGUUGGUCGUCCCUCAGGCCGCCCCCCUUGUGUGUGUGCGUGUCCAGGGAGGUCACCGCGUGUUGGUGGUGAUGCAUCGGGGCGCUCUCGUCGGACAUGCUGUCGUCAUGGCUGCUGAGCGGCAGCAAACUCACCAGCGACGGGCUGGCGUGGUGAUGGUGGCCGUACUGGCUCGCGAACAUGGCUGUGCGCUCGUGUGGGGUGGUUCGGUG